AUGUCUCGACAGAGCUACUCAUACUCGACGGCCACCACGCCGUCGAGGAAUCUCGCCACGCAUGGCACCAGCAGUGCCUUCAGCAGCUCAGCAAACCCAGAUGAGGAUUGGACUAAAAUAUCCGACCUUGCUGAGCGCCGGAGGAUCCAGAAUCGCAUUGCCCAAAGAAACUACCGCAAGAAGCUGAAGAGACGUCUUGAAGACCUCGAGAGAAGAGCCGGAUCCUCAUCAGCAUCACCACCUCAAGUGCAUGCAGAGCUCCAGCAGUCAGAGCAUAUCCAGCAAUUCAAGAGGGGCCCGGACAGCAUGCACCGACAACCUUCACCCAGACUUUUGCCUAGCCAAUACACACCACCAAUGCACCAUGAUGAGGACAUCAUGUUUGGGCACGGUUUUGACCGGGAAGGAUCUCGAACGCCGCCUCUGUUUGCAUACCACACAUAUCCAGCUCCCGAGGACAUGUCCUACCCACCUUACCCACAGUCGCAACCGUACCGAGCGGUUUCCACUGGAGCCGAAUAUGGAGAUUUUCUUGCGCCAGUACCCGUCACAUUGCCUUCGAUGAUGCAUUUCAAUGAGUCGAUCAAACGAGAAACUGAAGACUCCAUGACGCCGUAUAACCUGGGCUACCAAGGCCUUCCGGCCAUCGACAUCCACGCCUCUCAUGGAUAUGAUGAUUCAAAUCCUCAUGUGAGUAACGUGCACGCAACCCAGCGGUGGUCGAACUAUCGCUGA